AUGAACUACAAUGAGGAAGCCCCACAACAACAAGGGCCUACAAAGGUAGUGCGAUUUGACAAGGGCUACAUACAAACAAUGCCCGGGAUACUCAAACUAGUGCAGUUGGCGUGCAACCUUAUAGGUUUCAUAUGCAUCAAAAUAUCAUGGUCAUGGGUGUCCGCAAUAUUCUACAAUAUUUUGUACUGGGUCGGAAUCAUCAUCACGGGGCUGCUUCUCUUCAUGUACACAUUCCACUUCGUAGAGAAGUUGGACAAGUGGCCGUGGCUCAAGUUUGAGUUUGCAUAUUGUAUCAUUAUGAGUCUGACAUAUAUUGGAUGUUCUAUAUUUGCCUCAACUAUCGGAGAGAGUGUUGGAUAUGCUGUUGGGUUCUUUGGGCUAUGUGCAAUCAUCGCAUAUAGCUUCGAUGGAUACCUGAAGUACAAGGCGUGGAAGCGAGGACUGCCACCGCAGUAA